AUGGAGGUGGUGGAACUAAGGGGUCAGCUGGACGAGUUGUCCGAAGCUAACGGACGCUUAACGGAGCUGCUUGAAAGGAGGACGCAGGAGCUGGUCGCGACAAAAGAGGAGCUGAUAACGGCCAAGGAGGAGCGCGACGCGCUGGCCAAAGAAAUGGAGGCGCUGCUCGAGUCCCUGUCAGCAUCGCCGCCUGCUGACGUGGCAAAUACAGGCAUGAGCGCCUUGCAGCAGCAACAGCAGCAGCAGAGGGUGCAGCAGGCGGAAGAGGAGGCACGGCAGCUGCAGGUACUACUCGAAACGGCCAUGGCGGAGAGAGACAUGGCUGUGCGCCUUGCUGCCGCCACAGGGAGACUCCCUGCGGGGCUCAUUCCAUCUACCAGCGUUGGCAGCAUCGCCCGUUCAUCCAGUGAAGAGCCGUCGCCUCGGCUGCGUUUCACUCCCCUGGACGUCCGCUUCCGCACCUCUCUUACAAACUCCCCCUCAUGUCUGUCUCCCGCCGGCCGCCCGAGUGCGUACACACCAUCGCCGUUCCGCUCACACAGCGAAUCCAGUUCGGGCAACCGUGUUGACACCAUAGCCAAGUCGUGGCUUGGCGCCGAGCCUGCAGGGCAGCCUCGGCACGGGAUGAUGAGGAGCUCGAGUCGGGGCCUGGUGACGUCAGCCAUACCAAGCAUGGACCCUGGUAGUCCCUCUGUUAAUGCUGGAUGGAGGGGAGCGGCGAGCGGGGAGGUGCAUGUGGGGAAGGGGCACCUGAGGCGGACUUCAACUGCAGGAGGUGCCAUUGAGGCGAGGCGUGUGUGGGAAUCGCGAUCGCCCAUUUCGAUGAGCCGACCCGGAAGUGCCGAUAUAGGUGCGCUGCAACAAGGGGCGGAGCAUGCUGUGGGGAGCAAGGCUGCGGAUAAAGGGGCGAAGAAAGGGGGACUGAAAGGCAUACUUUCACGCAAGUCUAAGCAAGUGAGAUGGUCGUAUGACUUCGACCAGGAAGGCGGUUUGUGA